CUAGAAAUGGCGGGAUCCCUGGCAAUAGUAGCGAGCGAGCCUCUCGACAAUCCGCCGGUGGCUGUUAAUGGAAACCAGUGGCUGGUCGACUUUGCGCGCUUCUUCACCUAUCCUUCUCUUUCUUCUACUCAUAAAUCUCUCGUUUCUCUCCACACUUACAAUAGUUCUCGCCAGAAACAAGGCACUUGGCUCUCCACUUCUUCAGCAGCUGCUUCUCUGCAGAUAAUAAAGGACCAGUUCACCUCUGAUGCGAUCCUCAUCAUCUGUUUCCGCGAUAAGAUCCUUGAAGAGCACUACGUUUCCAAGUUGAACUUCUCGUGGCCCCAGGUGUCAUGUUUCUCUGGCUUUCCUGCCAGGGGUUGCAGAGUUGUGAUUGUUAGCUAUAAAGAUUCCGCUAGUAAGGUUCAGAAGUUUGCUUUGCGGUUUUCUACAAUUUGUGAAUCAGAGGCGUUCAUAAAUGCUUUGAAGGACGACCCAAAUGAUAUGGACGAAGUUGAGUUUGGAUCCGGACUAUCUUCACAGUCUGAGAUCAUGUCUUCUAAUAGACUACGUGCUAGACCUUGUGAGGAUCCAAGUAUUUUGUCUCCCGUCUGUGCUUAUAUUCCUCAAAUGCCGCCGAGUUUGAACCAUAGAGUUGAUCAAUCCUCAUGUAGCCAAGAAACCAGGCAUAACCAGAGCUCCAAAGGCAUCUCUCACUCCUUGCCACCCAGUUUCACAUCGUUGCUGACUAACUGCUUUUCUCAGAAUCAACAAGCUCAAUCAAGUAGAACUGAGGAAGUUGAUCUCAAAUCCCAAAUAGCGAAAUACAUGGAAGAUUCUUCAUUUCAAGAUAUGUUGCUAAAAGUGGAGGAAAUCAUCAACGAAAUGGAAGGUGUUUUCUAGAUAUAUGUAUUUUCUGCAAAAACAGUUUUUAGGCCCCCGGUAGUGC